AUGUACAAUCCCGUGGACGCUGUUUUAACAAAAGUGACUACCAACUAUGGGAUUGAUAGUUUUACUCUAAGAUAUGCUAUUUGCCUGUUGGGUUCUUUCCCACUGAAUGCUGUUUUAAAAAGAAUCCCUGAGAAGCGCAUUGCUUUAAAAUGUUGUUUUAUCCUGUCUAUGUCAUCAUUUUACCUAUUUGGUGUGCUUAAUUUAGUUAGUGGGUUCAGAACCCUGUUUAUUAGUACCAUGUUCACGUACUUGAUUUCAAGAUUCUAUCGUUCUAAAUUCAUGCCACACGUAAAUUUCAUUUUUGUUAUGGGCCAUUUGGCAUUAAACCAUGUACAUGCCCAGUUGCUCAAUGAACAGACUCAAACCACUGUUGACAUUACAAGUUCACAAAUGGUCUUAGCCAUGAAACUAACUUCCUUUGCUUGGUCUUAUUAUGACGGCUCAUGCACUAGCGAGAGUGAUUUCAAAGAACUGACCGGGCAUCAAAAGUCUCGUGCCGUGAGAGGCCACCCACCGUUGUUGAAAUUUCUGGCGUACGCCUUUUUCUAUUCAACGUUGUUGACUGGGCCAAGUUUUGAUUAUGCCGAUUUUGACAGCUGGUUGAACUGCGAGAUGUUCCGGGAUUUACCUGAAAGUAAAAAGCCUAUGAGAAGAUACCACCCUGGCAAAAGAAGACAGAUACCAAAGAACGGUAAGUUGGCAUCAUGGAAGGUUGUCCAAGGCCUCGCAUGGAUGGUUUUGAGUACACUAGGGAUGAAACACUUCCCUGUUAAUUAUGUUUUGGACAGAAAUGGCUUCCCAAAAAGAUCUUUCAUAUUCAGAAUUCAUUACUUAUUUCUAAUUGGUUUUAUUCACAGAUUCAAGUACUAUGCUGCCUGGACGAUCUCAGAAGCAUCUUGUAUAUUGUGUGGGUUGGGCUAUAAUGGUUAUGAUCCAAAGACUCAAAAGAUCAGAUGGGACCGUGUCAGAAAUAUCGACAUUUGGACUGUGGAAACAGCGCAAAGCACACGGGAAAUGUUGGAAGCAUGGAAUAUGAACACUAACAAGUGGUUAAAAUAUUCCGUCUACUUACGUGUUACCAAAAAGGGCAAGAAGCCUGGUUUCCGCUCAACCUUGUUCACUUUCUUAACUUCCGCAUUUUGGCAUGGUACUAGACCUGGCUACUAUCUGACUUUUGCCACAGGGGCCUUGUACCAAACAUGUGGUAAAAUUUACAGACGUAACUUUAGACCCAUUUUCCUACGGGAAGAUGGUGUCACACCUUUGCGUUCCAAAAUAAUUUAUGAUCUUAUUGGUAUUUAUGCGAUUAAGCUAGCAUUUGGCUAUAUGGUGCAGCCAUUCAUUAUACUCGAUUUAAAGCCAUCUUUGAUGGUUUGGGGUUCCGUUUAUUUUUACGUUCAUGUUGUUGUUGCUUUCUCAUUCUUUCUAUUCAAGGGACCAUAUGCUAAACAAGUUAGCGAAUUUUUUAGAUCCAGGCAGCCUAAAGAAAUAUUUAUCAGAAAGCAAAAGAAACUAGAAAAAGAUAUUUCUGCAAAAUCUCCAAACUUGGGUGGCAUUUUGAAGGCAAAGAUGGAUCAUGAAAAGAGCACGGCUGCUGAAGAAGAUGAGAUGAAUUUAGGUAUUCCACCUAUUGAGCUAGGGAAAUGGGAUAACGCUAAAAAAGACUGGAAAGAUUUUUGUGAUGAUUACAAAGAAUGGAGAAAUAAAAACGGUCUUGAAAUAGAGGAAGAAAACCUUUCCAGAGCUUUUGAAAGAUUCAAGCAGGAAUUUUCCAAUGCCACAAGUGGAUCAGAUGAACGCGUGAGGAAAAUGAGUUUUAGUGGAUAUUCGCCAAAGCCCAUCUCAAAGAAGGAACAGUAG